UUUGCACUAGUCCUCCUGUUUUUCGCGCGAGCUCGUGUGUUGUGUGUGCGCGAGCCCUGCCCCUGUUUCCAGGCAGAUAGUAGUCAACAUGGCGGCGACGGGUAACGAAGAACAGACGUUGUUGCCAGAUAUUGAAGAGGAGGCUGAGGGCAUGGAGCGAGAGAUGGAGUCAGAGGAGGAGGAAGAAGAAGGGAUGGGAGUCGAGCAUUCCGAGGAGGAAGACGAAGAGGAUACGUCUGAGGACGAACUGGAGAAUGAAGCGGAGAUCCAGAGGCUGGAGGAACAGUUGUCAAUCAACGCGUUUGACUACAACUGCCAUGUUGACCUAAUCAAACUCCUGCGGCAAGAAGGGAAGCUUCACAGACUGCGCAAGGCCAGGCAGAAGAUGAGCGAACUCUUUCCUCUCACUGAAGAGAUUUGGCUGGACUGGCUCAAGGAUGAAAUUCGCCUGACAGAAGACGAAUCAGACCGUGAGAAAGUCUAUGAGCUGUUCGAGAGGGCUGUCAAGGAUUAUGUCUGUCCAGAGAUCUGGCUGGAAUACGUACAGUACUCCAUCGGGGGAAUGGGAGCCCAGGGAGGCAUUGAGCGGGUGCGCUCCAUCUUUGAGAGGGCGCUGACUGCAGUGGGUUUACACAUGACUAAAGGAGCUUCAAUCUGGGAAGCCUACAGGGAGUUUGAGAUUGUUAUUCUGUCCACAGUACAGCCUCCUCCUGGCAGCGCUCCAUCACAGGAGCAGCAAGAGUUGUUGAACGCCCAGCUCGAACGCAUACACACGCUCUUCAGGCGGCAGCUAGCAGUACCUCUGAUGGAUAUGGAGGGAACAUAUGCGGAAUACUCUGAUUGGGCUGACGAUGGCGUACCGGAGAUGGUCACACGCCAGUACAGACGUGCCCUUCAACAGUUGGAGAAAGGCAAACCUUUCGAGGAGGCUUUGCUGGUCUCUGAACCUCCAAAGCUGGCAGAGUAUCAAGCCUACAUAGAUUUUGAAAUGAAGGAAGGAGAUCCGGCUCGUGUUCAGAUCAUAUUUGAGCGGGCGCUGGCGGAGAAUUGCCUUGUGCCGGACCUGUGGAUCAAAUACACCACAUAUCUGGAUCGUCAGUUGAAAAUUAAAGACCUAGUGUUAUCUGCUCAUGAGCGAGCCGUCAGGAACUGUCCCUGGACCAUGGGCCUGUGGAAGAGCUAUCUUUUGGCUCUAGAGAGGCAUGGGGCUGAUCAUCAGACUGUGACAGAUGUGUUUGAAAAGGCCCUGAACGCAGGGUUCAUUCAGGCGACUGAUUAUGUAGAAAUCUGGCAAUCUUUUCUGGACUACCUGAGGAGACGUGUUGAUUUCAGCAAAGAAUGGAGCAGGGAGUUGGAUGAGCUGCGGGCAGCUUUUGCACGCUCCCUUGACUACCUGAAACAGGAUGUAGAAGAGAGGUUCAGUGAAAGUGGAGAUCUGUCCUGCACAAUAAUGCAGAUCUGGGCAAGGAUAGAGGCCUUACACUGUAAGAACAUGCAGAAGGCCCGUGAACUGUGGGACAGCAUCAUGACAAAAGGAAAUGCAAAACAUGCCAACAUGUGGCUGGAAUAUUACAACCUGGAAAGGUCAUAUGGAGAUGCUUCUCACUGCAGGAAGGCUCUCCACAGAGCUGUACAGUGUACAUCAGACUAUCCUGAGCAUGUCUGUGAUGUCCUGCUCAACUUUGAAAGAGUGGAGGGCUCUCUGGAAGACUGGGAUGCUGCAGUCCAAAAAACAGAGACUAAAAUCAACAGAGUCAAAGAGCAGAGAGCAAGAGUGGCUGAAAAAGAGGCUCUCCAAGCCAGGCAAGAGGAGGAGAAAGCCGAGCACCGGAGGAAAGCCAAGGCAGAUAAAAAAGGCCAAAAAAAGAGCCAGAAAGUAAACAGAACGGGGGAUAAACGGAAAGCUGAUGACGAGUACGAGCAGGAAUGGGGAGAGGAUGCAGAGCUGCCGUCCAAGAGGCUCAGAGGGGAGGACGACUUUGGUAGCACAGCCACAGAGGAGCUCAUGGAGACAGAAAGUGGGCUUUUCGGCCGACGAGCUCCACCACGUAAAACUGAGCCACCUGGUUUCCGUAAGAACCAGCGGGGAUCAUCUGAAGCACCGCAACAACCCCAGGACGUAUCGAAGGAGCAGCGCAUAGAUGAAAAUUGUGUAUUUGUCAGUAACUUGGCUUUUAAUCUGGAUGACCCAGAGGGCAAGCUGCGAGCAUUGUUUCAGGGUUGUGGGACUGUACAGCAGGUGCGGCCAGUGUUUUCGAUGAACGGUGUGUUUAGAGGCUAUUGCUAUGUGCAGUUUGAGGACCGACUGGCUGUACCUGAGGCACUGAAACUGGACAGGAAGGAGGUGGAUGGGCGGCCCAUGUAUGUGUCUCCUUGUGUGGACAAGAAUAAGAAUCCUGACUUCAAGGUAUUCAAGUACAAAACAGCAAUGGAGAAGCACAAGAUCUUUAUCUCGGGUCUGCCGUACACAUGCACUAAAGAGACACUGGAGGAUCUCUGUAAACAGCACGGCACAGUGAAAGCCAUCCGGCUGGUCACCAACCGUUCUGGCAAACCCAAGGGUUUGGCGUAUGUAGAAUAUGAGAAUGAAGCACAGGCCUCACAGGCUGUGCUGAAGAUGGACGGCAGCAUGUUGGAGAACUUCACACUCUCUGUUGCCAUUAGCAACCCCCCGAGCAGAAUGAUGGAAGAUAAAGGAGUGCCUAGUCGACUCCUAGGGGCAGCGAUGCCAAGGCAACCUCAGGGCGCAAGAGGGGAAGGGACGCACCCAGAUCUCUCUGCUGCCACGCUCUCUGUAUCGUCAGAUGUACUCCAGAUGCCAAGCUGA